UUUACUGGUUCGAUUUUUCAGUUAUUUUAAUUUAUUAUGUAGCCAAUUUGAUAAUACUAUAAUAUACUUAUUAUAGUAGUGUUUAAUUAUGGGUAGUUUACUAUGAUGGGUGUAAUUUUUAAUAAUGGACGAUGACGAUGAGAAUCUUGAUUUUAACGAUGAAGAAAUAGAGGAUAAUCUUGCAGAGGAUGAUUUUAAUGAAGAAGAAGAUAAUGAGGUAUCUUUGGGCGACUCUCAAAGUACUCCUAUUCCUCCUCAGGUCCUCAACCCCCGGCAACUCGAGUCUGAUAUAUCUGAUUACUACGAGGAAUGGCUUAUCAGAUGUGUUGCAUGGAUUGCUCUGUGCUCUGGAAUUAAGAGGAUCGACUUUUUUUCCUUAGAAGCUGCGACCAACUUUGUCGUGAAUCACGUAAAGACAUUAGGUCGUAAAGCCACUGAGAUGAGCAGAGUUAGGGGCUGUGAAACCACAAAUUUUGUCGAUGUUAUGAAAGCUUUAGAGACAGUUGAUUCAACGGUUUACAAUUACAUUUUUAAGGAGAAGUUAGGCUCCAAGACUAAACCGUUGAUUAGAUACGAGCCAAUUAUACCUCACGAUAUUUUAACACAGCCAGUGAGUCUUUCACAACCAUCAGCUCUCUAUUACGAGUGUAUGAUAAACACGACUGAGCUUUUAUCUGAGCUCAACGCCUCUAAUACCAGCCCCUUUGCUGCUCAUGGAUUUUUAAAUGUGUAUAACAGUAUGAGUUUGAAAAAACAGGAUGAUGAUGGGAAGGGAAUAUCCCCUGAAAUUUUAGAUAUUGAAUAUUUUUUAACAUAUAUCACUAGAAAUCCUUAUUCCUUUAAGAUGGAUGAGGUUUACCAGAAGAUUUUGGAAUCUAAACCUAAGUUUUUGCACAAACACAUGCCUCUACUGCCUCCUGAUUUUGUAUUUGUCCAGGAAACUGAGGAUAAUUUAAUUUAUAAUGCUGAGCCUCCAAAGGCCUCAGACCGUAUAACUAAGCAAAAUCUGCUACUCCAAUCUGGUUUACCAAUUUUACAUAGGAUGCAAACCGAACCAGAUUUACAAAAUUCUAGACCUCAUUUCGAUAUUGAUAAUAUUAGCACAUAAUAUUUCAAAAUCGUUA